GGGUCGUGGCCCUCCAGGAACUCUGCCCAACUUCUCUCCUUCUGCCGGGCAGCUGAUGUUAGAGGAGACUUUACAGUCUUGCACAAACAAAGUUGGUAAACUCCUGGAGAGGGAGGUGGCUGAGGAGAGGCUUCUGAAUAUCCCCUUGUCUCGAGAGCGUGAAAGGCUAUGUGUCCUCCCUGGAAGACGCUCAAGAAUCCACUGGAUUCCACUCAGAACCACCUGUUUUUCAGGUACUUGGAGGGAAAUUUGGCAUAUUUUUCAUCGACAACGCCCACUUUGUCGACCCUCUGUCCUGGUCUAUCAUGUGGCCCAUGCUCCAAAGUGCCGUGGUCUUUAUGGCCAUGAGCUUAGCUCCAGUCAAGGACAGAACAGAGAUCAUUUUCCAAGCUGCCGCUGACGCAACAACAUCCGAGAGAAUCACUUGCGUUCGUCUGGAAGGGCUGAAAGCUUCAGCUGUGGUGCAGAAAGCCUGCCAGGACCUUGGAGUGAGCAGCAUCCCCAGGGAGCUAGCAAGGUUCCUGAUCCAGAAAAGCUCUGGCAUCCCAUAUUACUGUGAGGAACUGCUGCACUACCUGCGAUGCAACAACAUGCUCUUGUUGCACACUGGGAGGCCGGACGAAGGACAGGACAACUGGCAGAGCCUGAUCG